AUGGCAAAGCUCAAUGAUGAUCACGACUACGAUGUCGGCACAACGUUUGAGAAUGUACCAAGUUCACUGUCUGGUGCUAAGAAUCAUGACAGCUACUAUGGCAGACGACUUCGGAGUAGGUGCGUUCUACUAAGUCGCCCUGACAUCAAGACCAAGUUGCGACAACGAGGUCAACUCAUUUCUAUAAAUCGCAAAGAGACUGCGACCAUAACAUAG